GGAGUAUCAAUCCAACGAGAUAUAAUAUUUAUCGUGCCAAUGUCUGCCGUUUAAAGAAACUUCUGGUGAUUGUGAAGAGACGAUGAAUUUCUCAGGGCUACUUCUAAUUACAUUCGCCUUUGUAAACCUUGUUCUUACGGCUUCAUCUUCUCUCAACUUCUACAUAAAUCGUACGGAGUCAAAGAGAAUUCUCGGUGGGUUGCCGCGGUGGUCGAGCGAUCGAUAACAACGAAAUUCUCAGAGUCAUGCAAUUCAUGCAGAAUCCAACCGAAAUCUCUCUGUUGUUCUUAUCUUGGGCAGGUAUUGAGGGUGAUAUAUACUACAUACGAGAUGGCGAAGUAAAAAUCAAUGCAGUCAACUUCAUUAUGACCGUCCCUUCGCGAGUAGACUGCUUGCGAUUUAUAUGGUACUCUACUGGAUUUCCUUUAAAUUCUGCGGUAAGUUUUUAAUUUGUGCCAUUGUUUUGAAAUUGUUCGUUAAAAGGUAGAUCUGUUAAAAGUUUUCCGAAGUCUCUAAAACUAGCCACGUGAAGCCUACUGUUUUCCGCGAUUAUUUCUGCUGCAGAUGACACACACUCCUUCGCGCGACCACAUUAAGUAAAGUUUUUUUUUUCCCUUACACGUUCUUUUCCGUGGCUUGAAGGACCAUCAUUGAACCUCUUGAGUGUAGCUUUUGAGUUUUAUUGAAUAUUAAUUGAAACAAUUCUUUUUUUUCCGCUUUUUUCCUGGUUGUAAAUCUAGCCGCUAGUAACUGCAUGUUAUGAUUUUUGUUACGCUGCCCUAGAAUUACUUUUGUCCUUUGCGCACAACUCAAUGAUAACCCUUCAUCUCUUUUUCAGAGGUACUCCUACGUUUUAAAAUUAGCAUCGUUUACUCCUGAUCUCCUGAUGAAGCCCUCAGUAAACAUCAAAGGGGAUGGAAAAAUCCCAGAAACUAAGAAAGGUUAGUUUUGAAUCAUUGAUCAAUCGUCCUUAAAACGUCGCAGACACUUCGAUAAAACUCGCGGCACACAAAUAUAUCAAUGUACAGUCGGCAUACUUAAGAUGUUCUAUAAAGGCUGACAUUUGUUCAGAAAUGCAUGAGUUUUUAAGCGAAAGAAUGCUACUAAUUCUCUGAAGUAUAAAGUUUCCUCGACGUGUAGUGCUUUCAGCGAUAAGGCACGCGGCUAGGAAAUAACUUAUAACCAAUUAAUUACUAACACAAAAGAUGAAAACGUAAUUUCACCUAACUUUGAACAAAAACAACAGUUGAGCAUGUUUGAUCAAUCUCUUGAACGACCCUCGUCACUUUUAAAUGGUAAACUAUGCCUUCUCCUGGCAUGUUGACAAGUUCGGUGUUUCAGAAUCUCUAAAUGAUUUUCAUCGGCGAAACAUUCGCGAGAUUACAUAGCGUAAUACGAGACAUUUUAAGAACUCUGAGCUCAUCUCUUAUCCUUCAAAAUUUUUCCCCCGAAGUGCACUUUUAUUAUUCGAUGCUUUACUUGAGAGCUUUUUCAGAUGUUUCAGUUUGCUUCAGAAAGAUGAACUAAAACGUAGAAAGCAUAAAAUUCUUGUAUGAUGUCGCGUUUGAUCGCAUGUCACUGAAUGAGUGAAGCGAAGUGCUAUUUGUUUAAACGUGUUGGUUUGUGAGAUUUAAAAGAUAGGACCGGGAGGCAACUCACACAUUGCCAUUUAAAUUUUCAUUAGUUUGACACCCACGAAAACGAAUGGGAAUAUUAGAAACUAAUGGAAAUCAUGCCGAGUAAAGCACACCUUUCUAAAUAUUUUUAUUUAUGUCUUCUGAUUUGGCCUUAUAGGGUAUUAAGAUUCCUUUGUAAUCAGUCCUGUAAUUAAAUAGAUAUUCUGCCUCAAAUGAUGAAAUGAUUUUUAUACGAUUGAAGCUUCAUAACUUGCAAAUUUUAAUCCACAAGAGAUAUCGCUUUUGUAAAUUUUGUAAAUAAAAUUGAUCAGGCAAUUUACACUUUCCUCUUUGAUGUGCCUCUUUAAUUGAACUCCUACAGUUCCUUACAGAAAUGUAUGGAUAUGGUUUCUCAAUUGAUAUUUGGGGCUUAAAUGGAUUAAACUGAGCCAAGUAAAGCCAAAAUAUGGAUAGUUAUCAUGCAGAUUGUUGUUUGCUAAACUGGAGAAAGUUUAAAUAGUUUCUCUGUCUUUUAGUUGGGACAAUUUUUUUUACCUUUCUUUUGUAUUCUUAAUUUGGGAACACUCACAGUCUUAAAUUGAUUAUUAUGAUAAAAAAUUCUUGAUUCAAAGUGGUGCAAUCUCAUGAUGAGAAUUUUCUAGGCAACCCUAUAAUUAUACUUGAACAAGUAAGAAUAUAUUAAAUUAUGUCUUGAAGGCACUAGUUAAUUGCUGUAUAUUGAUCUGGUUUGUUAGUCAAGAAUGAAAGCAGAGCUCUCAAGUCUCACACAUGGAGCAUGAGACUCAUACAACAAAUUCAGUCUUAAGCUCUCACACCAAAGCCAAUUUUUCUCAUACAUUAAAGGUUUCUGAAUUAAACUGUUGAUUUUAAGUUAGAAAAUUUUAUUGCUGCUUUAUUGAAAUUCCCUUUAAAAAUUUAUUAUCCUUUUAACUAUAGUGUACUCCUUAUUCCCCAUGUGCUUGCUUGAAGUACUUUCCAGCUGUGGAAAUUCUUGCUCAGAAUAAAGGAACAUACUACUCAGCCAAUUUGAAAUUUUCACAUUUUUCUGGGGGGGUAUGUUCCCAUACCCACCCCUCCCCUUUUCUCCCAGGGAGGUGAUACCUGUGAUGUCUCACUCUUUGCCAGCAUAUCAACUUGAGAGCUUUAAUGAAAAUACUGUCCAGUUCUCUUUGUUACAGAGUCAGUAUUAUCAGCUGCAUUGUGGGUAAGGUGAAUCAUUCUUUCUUUUUUUGCAGAAUUUUGUGUUAAUAUGACAUGUAAAGGAACUAAAUCAGGCACAGCCCAAAUGAUGAUACAGAUUAAUAUAACAGGAGAGAGAAAUUUGGUGUUGAAUCUCCGAAGGCUAAAAACAUGCAGAAAAGGUAUUUACCACUUUUUGUUGAACAUAGGUAAGUCCCAGGAAACUUGUUAUGCAUUUUUUUACAGUAGUUAUAACUCAUCUCAACAAACCACCAUGCACACACUCCCCCCUCCCCCUCCUCUCUCUAAAAAUGCAUGCAGUGCAUGUGUUGGGAAGCAAGAAGACAUUUAUAAAUAAUUUCUUGAUUAUUGUUAUCAUUUAAUCAUCACUAUUACAACUUUCAUUUGCAUGAGGCACAAUGUAAGAUUGGUUACUUACUUUUGGCAUUGAAAUCAUGUUGUUAUCACAAGCAACUGGCUAUGUUUCCAGUUUCAUGGUGUCUGUAGACUUAUUUUUACUGGCUCUAUCCUUGUGUUGGCAUUUACAUGACUCUCAAAGUUGGGUUACCAUGAGAAAUAAGGAAGGUUGUGUGUGACAACACUGUUAUUUUACAGUUAUUUUAUUUUUUGUUUUUUUAGUUGUCCAUACUACUGCUAUAGGGAAACCAACUGUUGCUCAAAUACCAAAUGGUAAUUAUGUAUUUUUUAUUAAUUUUGCCAUAAAUUAUAUUAAUAAUGAUUAUCAUUAUGAUAUUUAUUUUUAAUGGUAAAAAGCAAGAAUUAUUAUUUUGAUGCAUCACUUUUAGCAAUGUUUGUUUUCAGGUUAAGUGUGAGAAGACAAGUUUAGCUGAAUCUAUUACAUUCCCAUAGAUGUUGCUACUGUAUGUUCCUAUCAAUUGUGAUUAAAUAUUGGGCUAAGGGAAAGUAAAAUUAGUUUAAGUUAAUGGGGAGUUUGAGUUACAAUCUAUCCCUUGAAUCAAAUGUUUAAGUCACAAUAGUAAAGGAAAUGAUCAGCAACUAAAAAAGCUCUUGAUGGUUUUACAAAUUCUCCUCAUUAAAACCCAGCAAAUGUAAAGAGAACAGUAUGGAGAAUUUGCAUAAUGAUGUUAGGGUGUAAAGGGUUAAGUGAAUUCAAGGUAGCUGAUAAUAAAUGACUGGAAAAUGUGCCAAAUCCAAGGGAAAUCAGAUUCUGUUUGAGUUAGCAGGGUUCUAAUGUAGUUCAACAACAACAGUCUAAUUCAAAACCAGAUUUGAAUUUUGUAUUUGCUUUGAUCUUUGUAAGAUGUAUGAUGCAUUUACUUGGCAAGCCUCAAACUAGAGUUUGUGGUUAUGUAUAGAGAUAUUCCUAAAUGAAAACUGAAGUUCUCAUCAGAACUAUUUCAGUUUUGGAAAAUAUUAGUUUUUUUAUUCAUUUUAGUUAUCUUUAAAAGAUUUUCAAGGUUAAAUGUCUGGAAUCUAAACAAAUAAAUCAUUUUAAUUGUUUGAUAAUAAAAUGCAAUCAAUCUUAGUCAAAAUUAUCAUAAUAAUUGUUGGGGAUUCAAAGAAAACAAUGCCAUCUCUUUCCACCUCUCAAAAAAUGUUUUUUUUUUUCCUGACCACUGGGAAAUAUUUAUCAAAUGAAUAUUUUCAGAUCACACUGAAGCAAAUCCUCCAAUGGAUAAAACCACAGUCUUCUACAUUGCAGUCGGAGUUGCUUGUAGCAUUAUUCUUGUUAUUGCCCUUGCUGUGGCUGCAAUUCAUGUCCAUUCAAUGCCAAGUCCGAACAAAGAUGGGUAAGAACCAUUUGAAUCACACUUUUUAGUUGUUUAAUGAAUAACCACUUGUGUGGUAUUGGCAGUUCACCAAUGCAAGGAACCCCCAUAAAGUAGUUUCCCCACACAGGGUUGUCACUAGAAGGCAACAGGCAGUGGAAACCCAUUGGCUGUCAGACCAUUUUGCAUUGGUGAUUAAAGAGACCCAAUAAGUAUUCUUUUAGGGAUUUUAACAUCAAUGUCUGAUGAAAAAAAAGUUACUCACACAUGUCCCCAAAUGCUGGAAAUCAUGUCUCAGAUAGUUUCAAAUUUCAAUUAUUUCUGGAGGAGCAUGCCAGACCCCUCCAGAAGGGUGUGUUGCAGAAAUGCAUCCCAUGGUUGCAGUGCAAGCAUAAUUCAAUUUCACCACCUACUCAAUGUAGAUCAUACAUCUAAUACAUUUUCUGAUGACAACUCUGCUCUCCAUCAGGAAGUAACCAAAUGAGAAUGUUGUUAGAAUGUACUUGCACUGAAAAUUUACUUGUACAUGCACAGUGAUACAGACAACCCAGGAAGGCAGCAGGAAAGUGUGUCCAAAACUCCUCUCAUUGCUGCUGUUGGCAAACCAAAACAAGAAACAAGCAGUCCAGGUACUCAACAUGAUCUUUAUGUUAUUUUUCCUCAGAACAUCUUCAGACAAAAUGAUACCUUGUAUGGGAGAAUUGAUAAGUGUUGUGUUUUUAGAAGCCAUUGUCAACCUUCUCUAUCAAAUUAGCUACUGUCAGCUGUAGACUGAAAUUAUCUAGCCUUUUAAUUCCCAAGAUGUCUUGGUAAAUUCUCCCCUUUAGCUGUUACAUAUUUCCUUGUAAAUUAUUCAGGGGAAUUUGGUAUUAGAAUCAAGGUAAUAAUUUCUACCUGAUAAGUUUGUGUUUUCUCAUUACCUGUUUGCUGGAUAAAGUAUGGAUAUUAUAGGGAGAGGUUUCACGUCAAGCACUUCUGGAAGUUAAAUGUUUACAGAGCCUGUUAAAUGUGUGGAUUUGAGCAAUCUCCUUAAACAAAUAUACUCACUAUAAAUUUUUAAUACACUGUUUGCAAACUCAAAUCUAGCAAAAUACAUGUGUGGAAUCAACAGUUCAUACCUUUGAACUUUUGACAGCUUUUGAAAAUGAAGGAAUUAUCAAUGAUAAUAACUAUUUUAGCACUCAAUUGAAAAUUGCUCUUUAUUUAAUUUUUUUUUUUUUUUGGAGCCCACUACAAAUUCAAAACUUCUUUUUCUUUCUUUCCUUCUUGCACCAACUGUAGAUGGAAAUAACAGUCCUCAAAAUGUGCCCAUACCUGUUACCAUAAAUACCAACCAGAUCCCUGUUUUAACAGCAAAUGUUGUAACCGCUAGCAUACCUGUGGUGACAAAUCAUAUUCCAAAUGGUGGUGUGCAUGUGCCCCAUGUAAGGCCUAGACUUCCAGGUGGGUUCCCUGUAAGGGACAGUACAAUCAGUAUUACCCCCAGUGAUGGAAUUUAUGGUGGAGGGGGGCUGCAAUCAACGCAGAAGGGGAAAUAUGGAAACAGAGACAUGAAGGCCGAGUUAAAAGACCUGGAGGUGGAUAUGGACAGGAUUACCCUGGGAGAUUUGCUAGAAGAAGGUGAGGAAUACUUGUCUAUUAGGCUUUCAGAGGGAAGCAUUCUUCUUGAACAGAGAGAAAAACAUCAUCAGAAAAUGAGCUUUUGUUAGGAUCGACUGUCCCUCUUACUUUUUCCUCUGUUGGUUAUCCGUUUAAUUUAGAUCACAGAUGACGUAAACUUGUGGUAAGAACCAAAAAGUGACACACGAGUCGCAUCCGAGUGUGUCUCUAAUAUUCUCACCAAAUUUAAUGUCUUCUGUGAUCUAUUACGUACAGAACCUCGGCAGGAUGGAAUCUACAUGGUUUCUGAAAAAAAAGAAAAAAAAAAAAAAAGGUGUUAAUAGAGACGUCAUUUGUGCGUCUGUCCUCCAAUAGAUCAUAAGUAACAACCAAUCAAAAUGCGCGUGUAAUUCAGUUUAUUAUAUAUAAUCUUAUUUUCAUUAUAGGGACAUUUGCUCGCAUAUAUAAUGGCGUUUUAACUGGGCCCGGAGAAGCACAACAGCAAAGCGUUCUGGUGAAAACUGUGUCUGGAAUGGCAUCGGAAGACCAAAUCAACCUCUUACUUAUAGAAAGUUCAAUGCUAAAGGACCUUACUCAUAAAAAUCUUCUUCCUGUUAUGGCGGUGUGCCUUGAAGAUGAAAAACAACCCUUGAUAAUGUUUCCGUUCAUGAACAGAGGGAAUCUUAAACUGUAUAUUAAGAAAUCCAGAUCUCCUGAAGGCGGCUCAAAGGUAAGUUCUGCCAUGUUUGUGUCACGCCGGUACCUCUUGGUCACACAAGUGUAACGCCAUGAGAAAGGAGUUAAGUAGCGUUUGUUGUCAUGCCUUAGUAAACCUUAAUCUUGAUUGGCCAUAGAUCUGUAACGUUGUAAAAAAAUCUUUAUUAAAUCCUCAAGGCCUGAUUGUUAUUUCUCCCCUCAACCUGAGACACAUUUUCUUGUAAAAUAGUAAAAUAAUUUUUGUUAAAUGACAACUUCAAGUUCUGGUAUUGUUACCAGUUAGCUCUUGGAUAUUUUGGGACACAUUUGCAAUAAAAUAGUUUUGAUAAUAUAAAGUUUUUAAAAUAUGCCCAGGAGCUAAACUAUGAUAGAAAAGAUUCCCUUUUAGUUAAUCGAAUAUCGUUGCAUACUGUUCAUGCUAAAUCAAAAUACAUGCUGUAUCCGGUUAGUUGACAUAUGCAAAUGUCUAAUGUUUCGUUGAAAACACGAUCCAUUCAUUCUUUUGAGUCAUUUAAUACUCUAUGAAAUACUUUAUUAAAUGCUAUAGUCGCUGACAACCGCUGACCUGGUCCACGUCGGCAUACAAAUUGCUAAAGGACUACAAUACUUAGCAAGGCGACGAAUUAUUCACAAGGAUGUAGCUGCUAGGAACUGCGUGUAAGUAGAAAAUUUGCCAGUGCCUUUCUUAUGUGGGUAGCAUUCCGGGGGGAGGGUACCUCCUAGUACUAGGCCUAUGGGAUAUUCCACUGGAUGAUGUCGCAUUUUCACGACUGAAUUGACUAACAUGGGGUUGCAUUUUCAAUUGAGUCGCCAACAUGGGGUCGCACAUUCGGGGUUUUGGGGGAAAGAAAAUUCUGUUAGGGAGGGAUUAUAAAAUCAGAACCUUUUUGUUUAACUUCUUUCUCACCAGCUUUAACAUUAUGUGCACACAAUUUGAUGACGAUGAUAAUUGGCCACAGAAUAACCUAUUAUGGGGUGAUGGCUCUGAGUGGCCAGUGGCAAAUGCUAGCAAAAAUUGACCCAGGUAACCCGUCCCCAGGUAACAUUGCGCAGGAGGAGUUUUGAGCUCAAGUGAAUUUUCGUGGCGAGUGAAUGCCGUCUGUGGUCAUACUUAAACAAGAAUUCGCAUGAACGUGUUGAACAUUCAAGAGCGCGUUGCAUGACGAGACCAAACAGCGGCUGCGAAGAAGACUAAGGCCCAUCCUGCCUUUCAGACACUUUGCUUUGCCUAGCAAAUUUUUUGUUCCCAGGGCUAUUUUCGUUUUGGGUUGAAAUAUUUCGUGGAAAAUCUGCGAGGCGCCGAUGGAAAUCCAUACCACCCAGCUUAAAUGUUUUCUUUCCUAGAGUGAAUAAAUGGAAUGGAAACUUUGAAAAAACUUUGUGAUUUUGUUGUGUAAAGUCAAGCAGUUGUUAUCAUUUUUUUUUUUUUUUUUUACUUCAGUAUCGACGACGAUUUGAAUGUGAAAGUCACCGACUGUGCCCUAUCAAGAGACUUAUUCCCACAAGACUACUGUUGCCUAGGAGAUAACGAGAACAGACCAGUCAAAUGGAUGGCGGUGGAGAGCCUGGAAAAGUUAAGGUUUACAGUUGCAAGUGAUGUGGUAAGCUUUUCUUAUAACUUAUUAGCCACUGUAGUAUCGAUUUCAGUUUAGGAAAUUGAAAUGGAAAAUGUAGUUUUCCUUCAUAGGGCCAUAUUGGAAUUCCAUUUAGUACCCAUUUUCGACUAUGGUGACUAAAUGCAAGCUUGAAUGUCGGCUCGAUUUUGUGACCUAUUUUCUCUGGUGGACUUAAUCACCUCUCUGUUAUCGUAACGUGAUACGACGAACGAUUGCACCUUUUGGCCCAAUACUUAGAACGAAACAAAACAGAAAAUCGAGAAUUUGAGGGGACAUUUACUAGGGUGGCAAAGGGUUUUACGUGACGCGGGAUUAAGCCCAGAAUUCAUACGCGAUGCGCGAAUUUUACAGAAAGGCAAGGUGAGGUGAGGUUUGAAACUUUCCCUUUCAAAUUCUUGACGCUUGAAAGUACGUGUGACCGUGAAUUUUUCACAAAUUAUUGCGUGAAAUGGGUUCAGGACCCCCUCCCCCCCCACACACACACACCCUUUGCUACCCUCACUUACCAGCAGAAAGCGACAGCUACCUUGUCGGUGAAAAGAUAGGAUGAAGGUUAUCGUUUUAUUUAGUAUACGUAAGAGAAUAGGGCAGGAUUUUUAAAUUUUCUUUAAGCACUUUUGAGCUGGAGAAGCUAAAAUAGUUUCUGUCUUUUUUGUCUCUUUUUCUCUCUAUACACCCUCGUCCUUCAAAGUGGGCCUAUGGUGUUCUUCUGUGGGAAUUAAUGACUCUGGGACAACAGCCGUACGGGAAUAUCGACGCCUUCGAAAUGCUCAACUUCCUUAAACAAGGACACAGAAUUUCGCAGCCGGUGAAUUGCCCGGAUGAACUUUUCACAGUCAUCGCCUGUUGUUGGGCUUUGUCGGAAGAUGAACGGCCGAGUUUUGGGCAGCUAAUCGUGUGCUUGACAGACUUCUUGAACGCUUUGAGUAAUUUUGUAUGAGAGUUUCAAGUGUAUGGCAAAACGUUUUUCGGAUAAGAAUGGAUGACAUCCUGACCAAGUGUCGAGGCUUGGUACAAGCCACAGGAUCACCACAAGCAGCCCAAGCACUGUAUACGAGUAAAUCUGUAUUACACUGAUUUUGCGCAACAGAAGAGGAAAAAAAUAGGAUUUACAUGAGGAAAAUGGACGCAUUUAGAAAUCUAAAAAUGGUAGCGAUUGAACUUAAAGUUGUUUCAAUUGCGCGUUUCCUUUUUUAAUAUGGGUUGUAAGCGAUCUUCUAAUUCACCGCCCUUUCCUAUAUCUAUAAAAUCAUGACAAUGUCGACGUUUUCAGUUCUUCUGCUUUUUCUUAAAGAUACCCAUAUUGAUAGAAAAAAAUCGCAGGAACUAAAAACCGCUUUAAUUCCUCAGAUUCAACUUAAAACCGCAAAGGAGAAAAAUAAUCAUACGACCGAAGCUAGAUAAGCUAGAUUUUGGUGUAGCAAUCACUUUCCUGCUACGUUAUACAAUAUUAUACAGACGGACCCAUAUGUUAAAGCCGGGCCGCCAAUGUGUUCACGCGAAUUUUCAAGCCAAAAAGUGGUCCAUCACUGACCGUGGCUUUAGAGCGUCGAUGCUGAACGUGCGUCAAGAAUUGUGAAGAAUUUAUGUGACAUUUCGAGUACAAUGAAUGCUUGAACAAGCUCUUAUAUACCUGGCUUUCUCAGAUUUGGAGAAAGCUUUAUUAUGGCAAUCACAUUGCAGACGACUUCACCAAGGAACAUGAACAAUUUAUCGUUAGCAGUCUUUUUGUCGAGUAAAUCAAACCAAACUGAUUUCAAACACGAAAAAAGUUUGACUGUGAGAAAAGGUGUCAUCAGAGGACGAAGUCCAUUUGAGGCUUGCGUUUCAUUACUGUUUGUAGGUUGAGUCUAUGUUCGAGUGAAGAUAUUAACAUUGGACAUUCCACUGAGCGUGCGCAAAACCUUUCGGAGACCUUUAUUUUCCAAUUUAGUUCAGGUGGUCGAGUCCAUUUGC